UAUUUUUCAUCCUUUUUUUCUCAACUUGACCACCUUCCCCUCCCUCAGGGUCCUCCUUCACCUGCUUGCUGCUGGAGGACCCCCUCCUCCAUUUUUCUUCUCCCCUUCCUCCGCUUUCCGGCCUGCAUGAAUUUUACUCGGUUUCAUAUUCAUCCUUAUGUUUCAUGACUUUCCUCUUCAUGCAUGCUGUAAUAUUCCAUGAUAUCUAUUUCCUUGGAUCACCUCCUAUUUGAGUGCAUUGCAUUGUUGCAUUUUUGCUCGGGUGGGAAAACUUAUUAUUUUGUCGAAACAUAUUUUUUAUUCGUGUUAGAAAUGAAUUGUUUCCCAUGUUUUUCAAGUAAUGAUUCGGAUGAACAGGACCAGGAGAAGGUGCCUGUUGCUCAGGCGGGAGCGCCAUCGUCCUCUGACAAUGCAGAUAUUGCAGCGCAUGCUUUUACAUUCAGAGAAAUGGCCACUGCAACCAAGAAUUUCAGACAGGAAUGUGUUCUGUUUGAUGAUGGAUUUGGAAGAGUUUUUAAAGGGACACUUAAAUCAACUGGCCAGGUUGUGGCUGUUAAACAACUGGACAGAAAUGGAAUCAAAGGGACCAAGGAAUUCCUCGAUGAAGUGAGGAUCUUGAGUCCUAUAAAACACCCAAAUCUUAUCAACCUUCUUGGAUACUGCGCUGAUGGUGAUCAGAGAAUUUUAGUCUACGACUACAUGCCAUUGGGUUCCCUGGAAACUCAUCUUCUAGAGAGAGCAGCGGAUAAAAAUCCAUUAGAUUGGGUCACAAGGAUGAAAAUAGCCACGGGUGCAGCUCAAGGUCUAGAGUACUUGCAUGAAGAGGCGAAACCUCCAAUUAUAUACAGUGAUUUCAAAUCAUCCAAAAUCUUGUUAGACGAUAAUUAUAACCCAAAACUAUGUGAUUUUGGGCUUGCCAAGCUUGCAGAAUCCGGCAAUGCAGCUAUACCUGCUCGAGUGAUGGGUACUUAUGGUUAUAGUGCUCCAGAGUAUGCAAGCACAGGGGAACUCACCAUGAAGUCAGACAUAUACAGUUUUGGAGUCGUGCUGCUUGAGCUAAUCACUGGCCGUCGUGCCAUUGAUCCUAAUCGACCAGCAAAAGAGCAGAAUCUAGUUACUUGGGCACAACCAAUAUUUAGGGAUCCAAAAAGAUUUCCCGAGAUGGCAGAUCCACUUCUUAACAAAGACUUUUCGGUAAAAAGCCUGAAUCAAGCAGUAGGAGUAGCCGCCAUGUGUCUUCAAGAGGAACCAACAGUCCGCCCCUACAUCACUGAUGUUGUUGCUGCUCUUAGUUUCCUUGAAUUCGACGCGCCUAAUCCUCCGGCUCCAACAGCCUCCCCUGACAAAGAAUCAGCAAAAGAAAACGACCACGCGGACAAUGUCAGCAGCAGAAGUAGCAGCCCCUCAGAUCAUAAUGCUGAUAGUUGUGAUCAUUCUGAUCACGAAGACAACAACGACAUCAUCAGUCAAUCCACUGAAAUGCCAGAUGGCAGUUCAGUGGAUCAUGAAUUUGAGCACGACCAUAGUUCAUCAAGUGGAGAUGAACAAUACGAUGAUGCUGAAAACGAACCAAAAAGCCGAACAAACACAAUGAAAUCCACUGAUUCAAAGACAGACAAGGAGAUGGAAGACUCCGAGGACGAAAGUAUAUACUCAUCAAGUUCAUCGAGCAGCGAUAAGAAAGACGAUGAUGACAACGAUGAUGAUGAUGAAUUAGGAGAAAAAAAGAGCAGCAAGACAAAGAAAAAGGUUAAGUCAAAAAUAAAGAGUAGUAUUCGGCAUGCAGCAGGUACAAAUAAGAAAAUCAAGAACAAGUGGAGGAAAGCAAAAACGGUUUUGCAUCAUAAAACAAAAAAGUGAUUAAAACACACCACUUUUGUAUCUUAUCCGAGACCUCAGGUACAUAUGUUUGUUGCACUAAUAGUAGAAGUUCUUUUCUAUAUGCUGCUUUCUUUUGUAAUGGUCGUUUCAUUUCUCUUCUUUUUAUUAAUGUAGACAUAGAUUUAUCAACUCUGAGUCUAUAAACUUGUUACAAGUAUACUUCUCGUUCAAGGAUUCAAGGGUCCACUCUUUUAUUUAAGAGCCUUU